GGCAUGGUCAAUGUGUUCCUUGCUGCUUGUUUCUGUCAGUGUUAUUCUCCUAUUCUCUCAGAGAGCAGCAGUCCACUGAUGCCUCGCUGGAUGACCCAAUCUCCCACCUGCGCGAUUAGAGAGGCGCACACCGACUAGACAAGAGCUUCACUCUCUCGGAUAAAAGAAAUGGACAGGCAAAAUGGAUUCUAUCGGCAGGUGGAUGUCCAAGACCACGUUCACUACAUCAUGGCCUUUUUUGUCCUGGUGAUCGGAACAGUGGGAGUUACCGGCAAUGCCUUGGUCAUGUAUGCAUUCUUCUGUAACAAGAAGCUGCGCACUCCUCCCAACUUCUUCAUCAUGAACCUGGCAAUCAGUGACUUCCUCAUGGCCACCACACAAUCACCCAUCUUCUUUGUCAACUCCCUUUACAAGGGCUGGAUUUUUGGCGAAACAGGCUGUAAGAUCUACGCCUUCUGUGGAGCCUUAUUUGGCAUCACGUCCAUGAUCAACCUCCUGGCUAUUUCAGUGGAUCGCUACAUUGUCAUCACCAAGCCCCUGCAGGCCUUACAGUGGACCUCCAAGCGACGCACGUGCGUCAUCAUCUGCCUGGUCUGGUUGUAUUCUCUCGCCUGGAGUCUUGCACCUCUUCUGGGGUGGAGUUCUUACAUACCAGAGGGUCUGAUGACCUCGUGCACCUGGGAUUACGUGACAUCGACGCCUGCCAAUAAAAGCUACACACUGAUGCUAUGCUGCUUUGUCUUCUUCAUACCGCUGGGCAUCAUAUCCUACUGUUAUCUGUGCAUGUUCCUGGCUACCCUCCAUGCAAGCAGGGAAGUGGAGAAGUUGGGCUCUCAGGUGAGGAAGACGACCCUGAUUCAGCAGCAGACCAUCAGGACUGAGUGGAAGUUGGCCAAGAUUGCCUUUGUGGUGAUCAUAGUGUUUGUGCUCUCCUGGUCACCGUAUGCUUGUGUCACCCUCAUUGCCUGGGCUGGGUACGCCAGGGUCCUGAACCCCUACUCCAAAGCUGUCCCCGCAGUCAUAGCCAAAGCCUCGGCCAUCUACAACCCUUUCAUCUACGCAAUCACUCACUCUAAAUACAGGGAUACUCUGGCUGAAAAAGUCCCCUGUCUGCACUUCCUCGCCCAGGCUAGCCGCCCGAGGGACUGCAUGUCUGUGUCACACAGCCAGUCCUCCUUCAGGCACUCAGUGAUGAGCAGACAAUCAUCUGUGUCCAAAAACAAGUUUCUCCAGGUUUCCUCCUCCUUAUCCACAAUGGACACUCAGGUGUGGAGUGAUGUGGAGCUAGAUCCAAUGGACCACAGCCAUUGUCUGGAGUCUAGCUAUUCCCUCGGAGCCCUGAAGGAAAAGGAACGGAGCCAAGAUAAAAGACCACAGUGUCAAGACAGAUUUUCACUGAAAUUCGAGCCACCCGUCCUAGAGCUCUAAGCACACAAUCAAAAUUUGUGACCUGAGUGAGUCAACAUGGUCAUGCUCCAGGGUUGGGGGAAGAAAGGAGAGGAGAAGCCUGAAGGGUGGAAUGUAGACAUGUACCUGGAAGAUCAAGAGGAGGCUGGCUAAACAUGAAGCAAAGAAGGCUACAGAAAGAAAAUGAGACGGUGAUGUCGGGGUCCUUGUCCAGCCAGACUCUCUUCGGACAGAACUGAAUUUGUUUGUCGUCCUCCUGGACUCAAUGACAGACUAGACUGUGGAGUUUGUGUGGAAAAACGAGGAGCCUAGAGAAGAUGGCGUCCUCAGCAAGUUCAACGUUGAAUACCAUGUUUUCUCACAGAGUGGCCUCCACUCCUGUAGAAUGUGCUCCUCAUUAAGCACCUUGAGAGUCAUACUACUGAAUAAAUAAACGCUGCACCCCAAAUCAAUGCCUUUUUUCCCUGAUCAAAAAAUCGGGUGCUGUCACUAAUACCGUUGACUACGACUGAUACAACACUUGCAGUGCAUCUGGACAGCUGAAGUUUACGGUGGAGUUGUGGUUUACAGUGAAAGCCAACAGUGACUAUAUACAGUAUAUACAUCAGAGGUAUCCAAAGUGCGGCUCAAGGGCCAUUUGAGGCCCACAGUUUUUUUGUUUUUUUUUACAGUUGGUCCGCAGCAUAUUGUGCAGAUAAAAUUAGACACAAUGAAAGACCGGCAAGUGCCCAAAUACCCCCAAAAUGGCACCUGCAAACCAAAAUGGCAUCUUACACUAUAGGCUCUUUGAACAUGUGUGCCGGCCAUUUCUCACUCUCCAGGCAGGGGCGCUACUCAGCAGAGUUAUGGGGGGCGUUCACGUGGGAGAUGGGAGCUCUAAAAAAUGUACAUUUUUGCCAGGAUACACAUGCUCGCAAGAUUUGGCAGUUAUGAUUUAGUUGCUGAAAUAAUAAUUGGAUUGAUUUUAGCGUGUGUGAAGAAUAUCAAAGUGGUCCCCACACCCUUUAAUUUUUCAAUAUGCGGUCCUCAGUGGCAAAAGCUUGAACAGCCCUGAUAUAUAUUAUUGAAUGUUAUUAUUAAAAACAAAGAUGACUGGUACUCUGAAGGCGAGUAACUACACUACACGCCCUCGGCCACUAUUUGAGGAAAUACGGUGUUUACAGCACACAAUUGGCUACACUUGCACACUCAUAAUCCGGAGUGAUAUUUCUGAUAUUACAAGUAUUUUAUCCUUUAAAAAGACAGAUACCUUUUACUAUGUGCAG